GCUACCAGGGCCCCCCCGUUUGUAUAAACAGGAACACUCUCUGAAUCUCACACGCUUUUGCCCUUUGAGAUUCCUUUUCAGCUUCGCUCUGCUCGCUCUCUCUCGCUGCAGAGACCUUCACUGUGCUUCAGCAGGUAAAAUCCUCAAUCGUUUUCGCUGGUUUGGUGAAUCCAACAGUUGAACCCAAGCUUCCAAUCGAGGAGAGCCUUUAGACUCAGCGGAAACAUGAUUAAGCUAUUUAAAGUGAAGGAAAGGCAGAGGGAGAUUGCAGCAAAUGCCAAUGGAAAACCACCUGUUAAGAAGCAAAGUGCAGGAGAAUUACGUCUUCACAGAGAUAUCAGUGAGCUGAACCUACAAAAAACAUGUACCAUAUCAUUUCCCAAUGGCAAAGACGACUUGAUGAACUUUGAGGUUACUGUUCGCCCUGAUGAAGGAUAUUAUUUAGGUGGCACAUUUAUGUUCACGUUUCAAGUUUCUCCUGUCUACCCUCAUGAGGCGCCAAAGGUCAAGUGCAAGACAAAGGUCUACCAUCCUAAUAUUGACUUGGAAGGAAAUGUCUGCCUCAACAUUCUAAGAGAAGAUUGGAAACCUGUUUUGAAUAUCAACACUAUAAUAUAUGGACUAUUUCAUCUUUUUACGCAACCCAAUUAUGAAGAUCCCCUUAAUCAUGAUGCAGCAGCCGUUCUAAGGGAUAACCCGAAGAUGUUUGAGUCCAACGUGAGAAGGGCGAUGGCUGGUGGGUAUGUGGGGCAAACCUUAUUCCCACGCUGCAUGUAGAGCUGCUUGUAUUUAAACACCAAAUUCAUCCUUAAAUGGUUGGUCAAGGGCUGUACAUUUGGUCGUUAAAGCUUCUAUUCUAGUGUGCUGCUGGGACGCAAAUUCUUCGGAUCGGGCAAGGGUAAGAGAGCUUACCUGUUGUAACUUUGUGAAAUGUUUGUGAUAUUGGCUGGAAACAUUAUAUAUUUUCAUAAGUGUGACGAUGAUCAUUGGGGAAUUCUGGAAUUGAGGUUCAAUCAUGUAUUUAUUAAAUUUGUUUCCUAAAUUAAAAUGGGAAAGAAGAUGCUUUUUCCCCACCUUAUUGCCCUAA